UUCUUAGAAGAUCAGCUAACCUUCUCCAUCUCACGUAAGCUACCAUACGCACGUAUAUUCGACCGAAUCACGUUCGUUGAUUUGAGAAGAAUAUGGCUUCUAAGGUUGUGUUCGAAGAUUAUUUCCCGACCAUGGUGGAGAAGCUUGGGAUAGACGGGUUCAUGGAGGAGUUGAGCAAAGGGUUCCGCCUAUUGACGGACGGCAACAAUGGGUUGAUCACGCUCAGAAGCCUGAAGAGGAACUUGGGUUCACUGGGGCUACAUGGAAUGAGCGAUGAGGACGUGGAGUCAAUGCUGCGAGAAGGCGACUUAGACGGGGACGGUGCAUUGGAUAAGAAAGAAUUUUGUGUUCUAAUGUUUAGGUUGAGCCCCGGGUUAAUGAAAAGUUCAGAGGAACUGUUGGAGGACGCCAUCUUUCAUGAUCUAUGAUCAUAUAUAUAUAUAUAUAUAUAUACACACACUGUAUGGGCUCUGAUUAUCAAGUUUGCUCUUAUGCAUCUGAUCCGAUCGGUUUUGCUUUAAUUGAGCCAUGUAUCCUGCUAUAUGUAUAUUUCCUCCAUCUACUAGAAUAAUCCUUUGGUUAUUCAUUCAAUUGGAAAUACCCCAACCAUUUUGAAAAACCAA